UAUUUUACUUGCUUGAAUUUCGAGAAAUUUUAUUACAACUCGAUUGCUUAGCUACUACGCAGUUGCUGUCCACUACUCAGGCUCUCAUACUCUCGUUUGAGACGCGAUCGAUCUUACCAUCGGUUUCGUUUGAACUUAAAUUUCGAAGUUUUCCUGCGAUAGAUUCGCCGGUGGUUUUAUUGAAUUUUACUUUGUUUUGUCACUGGUGUGCGGCGUAGUAAACAUGAAGCAACUUUCACUCCCGACCGAGCAUGGAGCAGGUGAUGGCCAUCGUGGAGUUCAUGGAGAAGCACCCGGCGCUGGCGCUGGGCCAGCUGCGCGGGCUGGAGGGCCGCGACGAGAGCAAGAAGCUGUGGCUGCAGCUCACCAUGACCGUCAACAACCUCUCCGGGCCCACCAGGCCUAUGAAGUCUUGGGUUAAGUAUUGGGCAGAUAAAAAGUCCACAGUCCGGGCAAAAGUGCAGUCAACAGGAGGGGACCCUAACACCCUCUGUUCAAACAUAGAGAAGAAGAUUUGGGACCUGUUUCUAGCCAAUGAUAGUACAAGCACAAAACAGAGAAACACAUCAGUAAAGCAAGAAACUCAUUUUCUGGAUGAGAAUUUCUUCAACGAAGAUAGCAUAGACCAAGACCACGAAGAGGACCCGGUCCUUGCAUUUGAGGAACCAAUUGUUGAUAUUGAGGAUCGGCAAAUAGCUAUUAUGGAUAAAUUGGUAAAAGUGAUGAGCGAGCAAGCAUCGGCUCUGACGCAGAUGGCGCGCGCGUCGCAAGUGCACUCGCAAGCCAUGGAGCGCCUUGCAGACGCCUCGCAUAUUCAGGCGCGCGCGGUCGAGCGGUUAGCGGGCUCGCUAGAGGCGGUGGGCGGCGCGUCGCACGCCGUGCGCGACGCCAUCGUCGACAUCGACGCCAGCCUCAAGCGGUUCUACUCCGCCUCGCCCACGUAGCAUAGUGAGUGUCUCCUAUACUCUGACACACAGGGAUCCGGAGAUGGGUCCACUCGGAUACUCUAGUGUGCCUAA